AUGGAGAUGCAUCGACAACUGGAUCCCGGCUCCAUCAAACGCAUCUGCGCUACCCAGAACCCUAAAUUAUUUGCGGACACGGCCGCCAGCAAUUCCCAUGGCUUCCGCAUAUGCGAUUCGCACAGCCUGCCAGAUCCAGGUAGCUUUCCCGGGUCUCGCGCUCGCCUCCGAGCCUGCUGGGUCCUGAAGUGCCCUUACACCAACUCGAACCCUCAGAUAAUGGACUUGUCGCGACGAGAUGAGUUGGAGAGCGCCCCAAGCGAACCCGUCUCGGCUGACGACGCCAGAGCAAAUGACGAUCAGACGCUCGCCUCAGCCAAGAGUGCAAGAUCCGAGCAUUUGUCAGGUUUCCAGUCACCUCCUCCAACUGACCUCGCUGACCGAGUGUUUCCAAUCCGCUCGGUAGUUCGCGUGGACCCUUUUACCGACGACGACCUGUUCCCCCACCUGGCCGAGGCUGACAAUCAAGGCCCUGGCAUACCAGUGCACCUGCUCAGCUCUGCCAACCGGCCAGAAUCUUGGAACGAUGCUCGAAGGCCAGAGCUUGAGCCCAUGUCACCAACAUCUCCAUCUUCAUCAGAUGACCGAGCUGCUCAAAUCCGCAAAAAAAGGGCCAUGAGUGGACCCUACAGCAGCCUCCAGGCGGAUGCCGUCCGUCACAGCUCGUCGACGCCUUUAAACUUGGACCUAGCUAUUUCAGAUAAGGAUGACGAUGAUGUCAAAAGCUCUGAAGACGGUGGUUCUUUAGUCCCGACCGAAGUACCUCUGAACCCCGAUGAUCAACCAUCAGACGAUUUCCAGCAUGUUGUAACUCCUUUUACGCACGUCAUAACUGACGACGGUCACGCCGUCAUCACUGGGAGAGACAGCGUUUUGCAAAGAUGUGAAGAAGAGCCCAUUCAUAUCCCAGGUGCUAUUCAGAGCUUCGGUGUCCUCUUAGCCAUGUGCGAGGAGAGUGAAGGCCAGUUCCUUGUGCGAUAUGUCAGCGAGAACUCUCAGAAUCUCCUCGGCCGCACGCCUCAGCAGCUAUUUGAACUUGCGAGCUUCCUGGAUAUCUUAAGUGAAGAGCAACAAGACAACCUCCUGGAUCAUAUCGACUUCAUUCGAGACGAGGACGCUGACCCUGCUGCUAAUGGACCAGAGGUCUUUAGCCUCUCGGUCCGAGGCCAAAGAGGAAUAAGACCUACAAAGCUCUGGUGUGCAAUGCACAUAAACCCUGCCCACCCCGAUUUGAUCAUCUGCGAAUUUGAAAGGGACGAUGAUCAAGAAUUUCCUCUCCGACCGCCGGAAGAAAAGACGACCCCUGUUACCCCUACGGAUACCCUCAACGGCAACCCUACAUCAGAGCAAAUUGGAGAAAGUACAGAGAUUCUAAGCAAGCCACUAAGGAUUUUACGGAGCGCCAGGAAGAAGCGAGGCGACCAGGGCGCAAUGCAGGUGUUUGAUAUCAUGUCACAAGUUCAGGAGCAGCUUGCUUCAGCCCCUGAUCUUGACAUCUUCCUAAAGGUCCUCAUUGGGAUAGUCAAAGAGCUCACAGGAUUCCACCGAGUCAUGAUAUACCAAUUUGACUCUUCUUGGAACGGAAAAGUUGUGGCCGAGUUGGUUGAUGCUUCCAAGACUUCAGAUUUAUACAAAGGGUUACACUUCCCGGCAUCUGAUAUCCCCGCACAGGCACGCGAUCUAUAUAAGCUGAACAAGGUUCGGUUGCUCUACGACCGAGAUUUGCAAUCCGCUAGAAUGGUUUGCCGGACGAAAGAAGAUCUCGACGUACCUCUCGAUAUGAGUCAUGCGUAUCUGCGGGCCAUGUCUCCUAUUCAUUUGAAAUAUUUAGCUAAUAUGGCAGUGCGAUCAUCCAUGUCAAUCUCCCUCAAUGCUUUUAACGAACUUUGGGGGCUGAUGGCAUGCCAUUCUUAUGGUAAUCACGGCAUGCGUGUCUCAUUCCCGAUUCGGAAAAUGUGUCGCUUGGUGGGAGAUACGGCCUCGAGAAAUAUCGAAAGACUGUCAUACGCAUCGCGACUGCAGGCUCGCAAGCUGAUCAACACCGCUCCAACCGACAAGAAUCCGACUGGAUAUAUCAUUGCAUCUUCUGAUGAUCUAUUACGGUUAUUUGACUCGGACUUUGGUCUGCUAUCCAUUCAAGGGGAGACCAAGAUCCUAGGGGCUAUUGAACAGAGCCAAGAAGCUCUGAUCACGCUCGAAUAUCUUCGAAUGCGCAAACUGACAUCGAUUGUUGCGUCUCAAGAUAUUACCGAGGACUUUCCGGAUCUACAAUACCCUUUGGGAUUUCAGGUCAUUGCGGGAUUAUUAUAUGUGCCCCUGAGUGUUGGGGGUCACGACUUCAUUGUCUUUUUCCGCAAAGGACAGAUUAAAGAAGUCCGAUGGGCUGGAAAUCCCUACGAAAAAAAGCUUCGAGAAGGCACCGCGGGCUAUCUAGAGCCUCGAGCAAGUUUCAAAACGUGGAGUGAGAUUGUUAUUGGUAAAUGUCGCGAAUGGGCUGAAGAGCAAAUUGAAACUGCGGCGGUUCUCUGUCUAGUCUACGGCAAGUUUAUCGAAGUCUGGAGAGAAAAAGAAGCCGCUCUACAAAACACUCGACUUACAAGACUUCUCCUGGCCAACUCGGCGCACGAAGUUCGCACACCACUCAAUGCUAUCAUCAACUAUCUUGAAAUUGCUCUAGAGGGGUCACUCGAUCAAGAGACUAGGGAUAACCUCGCAAAGUCUCAUUCGGCGUCAAAGUCGUUGAUUUAUGUUAUCAACGACCUCUUAGACCUGACUAAGACCGAGGAAGGCCAGCAUUUGACAGUCCAAGAAACUUUUGAGCUUUCUACUUGUAUAGAUGAGGCCACCGAUCCUUUCCGCGCUGACGCAAAACGGAAAAAUAUCGAAUACCAGAUCACAAAGCAUCCCGGGUUACCCAGGUUUGUUCGAGGUGAUAACCGGCGUGUUCGCCAGGUCAUCACAAAUGUUACGGCAAAUGCGAUUGCUCAUACAACUUCUGGCUAUGUUAACGUGGAUGUUCUCGUUUCCGAGGUCAGAGAGGAUCGGUCAGUCGUGAUACAAAUUGUGAUUGAAGAUUCUGGCUGCGGCAUGAAUCCCCAACAAACAGAAGCCCUCUUCCGAGACCUUGAGCAAGUUAGUACAGAGGGAUCGCCACUACAGGCGGCAAAUGAUGAAAAAAAUAAAAAGAUGAAGACGUUGGGACUUGGUCUAGCCGUCGUGGCUCGAGUCAUCCGAAAUGAAGGCGGUCAGCUAAGGCUUAGAUCGAAAGAAGGGGAAGGCUCGCAAUUCAUUAUUCAGUUACCCUUUCAACUCCCCGACGAAUUACCAGAUGCAGAGGGCGCUGGAUCUACCCAUAGCGCUAUUUCCUAUACCUAUGAGCUUUCGUCAACCAAGUCGCUACCCCUGGCGCAAGAGAACGAGAUUUUGCUGGUCGAUCACAGUAAAACUUCAAUGGCAGAUACGAUUUCCUUGGGACGACAGAGUCUUGAUAGCCACCAAAGUGUUAUGAGUCAAGAUGGAAGCCAGAAAAGCGACGCGGACCGCUUAAUCGACGCCAUUAAAACUCCUCUUUCAUUAGACAAAGCGGGAGACAAAGAUGUCGAAUAUUUCUCUGCUAAAGCUCAUACGUCAACCGCUUCGAACAGAAUUAGCAACACGAGCUUCGGAAGCUUCACAAACUUCACUGCUCCUCUAAAUGAACCUCCUACUCAAAAGAUUUCUAACAAUUACAAUGAUGAGGAUCCUGGCGCUUCCAAGGUUCGUGACUCGAAAGUACCAGUUCGAGCAAUCAAGGUACCGGACGAGUACAUAGAUAUACCUUCUUCUUUCAAAGCCGAGAAGAAGGUGGCGGGAGAUGGUUCCGAAGUUGAUACCGAUGCAACCGUAACGAAACGCCGGCCCAGUUUAGUAAGCAGUACAACGGCAGAGAGUAACGCCCUGCAUGUGCUUGUUGCAGAAGAUGAUCCUAUCAACAUGAAAAUCCUGAAGAAGAGAUUGGAAAGAGCCGGUAACAGCAUCCAUCAUUCAGUAAACGGACAGGACUGCGCAGAAACGUACAGUGACAACUCAUCUGCGUUUGACGUUGUCCUGAUGGAUAUGCAGAUGCCUAUUGUGGACGGUCUUACUAGUACAAAGAUGAUUCGAGAAUUGGAAACAUCAUCUGAGCACAAGGGCCUUUCGGCCUUGGCUUCGAAAUGCGGCCAUAUUCCCAUAUUUGCCGUAUCAGCCUCUCUAGUGGAAGAGUUGAAAAAUACCUACGUCGAAGCAGGCUUUGAUGGAUGGAUCUUGAAGCCGAUUGAUUUUAAGAGACUUUCGACGCUCCUAAAGGGCAUUUAUGAUGCUGAAACGCGAGAUUCAUGCAUCUACGUGCCUGGAGAGUGGGAAAAGGGUGGCUGGUUUACAGAGUCGACCAAGGAGGUCGUUGUAGGAACUAAUUGAAAAAGUAAUGAUAUUAACGAAAGCUUUCUCACUGUAUAAGGAUUAUAGGGAAAUGCAGGUAUACGAAAAUAUGUGGGCGUUGGGGUGUUGGGAUGAGAAUUGUUUCCUUUUGAUUGCUUUUUUUUUAUGAAUAGCUUUUACUUGGGCGAUAGACGAGCCAUUAUAGAUUCAUUUUUUGGGAGAUUACGGCAGGUCGGUCAUACACUAUAGCGGAUUCGAAGGGGGAGGAACUGGAAAUUAUGUCAUGGCAUAUGGUAUUUGGCAGGUAUAUGAAUUGCUACGGUGCUUUAGCUGAGCUAGAGCAUAAUAAUCCAUAAUAAGAGGCAUUAUAAGAAGAUGAGUUUAUGAAUAUCGUCCUUUUUAAAGCAAUUGAGACGCGAAUUUUGCGAUUCUGCUAGUUAUUGCCUUGUGAAGAUUUGGGCCAUCCAGUGUAUAUGCUAUUAUUAUUCAGUGAAAGGCUUUGAUGGUAUAGCUACCUAGCUUCUUGAACUGCAGCAGGAUAAAUCGAAAAUCAUAUGUCCAUGGGCCUGAUAGUCGGGUAUGAGAGACCGUACUUGAGCGGAGAAUGGAUAUUAAAGGCUCUGUUGGCCAUAUUGAUGAUUGCGAAUAAAAACGCAAAUGGUAUCUACUUAAGAUACAAUACUACUAACUAAAAUCAGACCUUCUACCUAUAGAACAUUUUAGAAUCAUUAGAAGUUCCUCUUUUACCCAACACUUCCUGGAAAAAAAGAAAAACAGAAGAAGAGGGGGUCAGGAACCAUGUACGUGUAAAUUGCAAGCCAUAUAACCAAUUCUCGUGCUUUCCCAAAGUAGUCAGCGUUCCCAAGACGAAAUGAAGGUAAGAAUAGGAGCUCAUUCAGUAUGAGAUCCAGAAAAAUAAAAAUAUGAAUACAAAAAUAGAAAAGAU